AUGUUGACCAGCAUUAUCUCCUCGACGGAGUACUUCUCUCUCUAUCUUGUUUCCCGUCAAGGCACAGUUGUGGACGCCGCUGUUAGGAUACCUGCUGUCGCAGCGAUCCCUGGGUUGAUCGUCAGCCCCCAACCUAUUGUUUUAUCGGCAGAUGGAAUAGCCAAUCUACCUGAUUCUGUGUUGUUACUCGAUGAGACGAUUGCUGAAGUUGUUGGCAAAAGUUCUGGAACAGACAAUCUGACGUAUAGCAGUCCCUUCGACACUGCAUCUGGUAAGCCCUUGCCUGGUCGAAUCAUCCAAGUGACGUUGCCUCUUGAUGUACAGGCCCAGAUACCCGCAAACCCUGCAGUCAGUCGAGUGCUUGUCACAUGCCCCAAAGGGUUCGGCCAUGUCAUCACAUUGGAUGCGCCUCUCGCCCUUCAAGUUCAACUUGAAGGGUUCGUAACCGCAGAUGAAGGCUAUGUGGCACUGACUGAUGAUGACACGUCGUUUGCUGUAAUUCUUAGCCAGAAUACUUCGAUGAGCGCUGGGAGAUACGGAGUGACAUUCCCCGUUUUGGUCGCGGACAUCUCCCCACCUGUGAAUCUCUGGAGUUUGAGUUUCUGCGAGGAUGAGCUUGGUAAGACGCCGCUGUAG